AUGGCGAAUGCUAAUGACCCAUGGAGUUUGCUGCAUGCCAUGAAGUGGGCCUCUGAGAAGGUGUCCAAGGCCCACAAGCAAAAGAACCAGAGGCUGAAGCAGGCCAAAGAAGCAGCUCAGACUGAAAUUGAACAAUACUGCCUGCAAAGAGAAAAGGAGUUCAAGGCCAUGGAAGAUGUGGCUCUGGGAUCCCCAGGCAGCUGCAGCAUGGAAGUGGAGAAGGAGGCCCACGAGAAGAUGACCAUCCUCCAGAUCUUCUUCCAGCAGAACAGGGAUGAAGUCCUGCAGCACCUCUUGGCCUUUGUCUUUGACACCUGGCCAGAAAUGCAUGAAAAUGGAUAGGGGAGGAAGGAGUGGUUCCAUGCAUGGAUUGGCAUUUUAAAUGCCUUCAUGGAAUAUGAUGCACCAAGCUUGAGUUUCAUUCUUGGGAAAAGGCAUUAAAUUAUUUCUGUAUAUUCACAGUAGGGUCUUUUGCUUUUUGGAGAAUAGCAAAUCUAGCUUCUUUGUACAAACUUAGAGCUUACCCAAAGAUUUUCUUUUACCUCGUGUUUCUUAGAAAUGUAAUGUGUAGGGUGCCUAGGUUGCUCAGUCAGUUCAGCGUCUGCCUUUGGCUCAGGUCAUG